GGUCCCGCCCCUUGCCGGGGAUCUCUGUUGAGCCGCGGCCGCGCCAGCUUGGAGCGUCCGGGCUGCGGGGCGGCAGAGCCUGCCGGCAACAUGGCCAGCUCCGGAGAGGACAUGACCAAUGAUGAGGACGUGCACCCUGCAGCAGCCAGCAUGGCAGGUGGUGCCCACCUCCUGGGCUUCUCCGACGAGAUUCUCCUGCACAUUCUGAGCCACGUCCCCAGCACAGACCUGAUCCUGAGUGUACGACGCACCUGCCGGAAGCUCGCAGCCCUGUGCCUCGACAAGAGCCUCAUCCACACUGUGCUGCUGCAGAAAGACUAUCAGGCGAGCGAGGACAAGGUGAAGCAACUGGUGAGGGAGAUCGGCCGGGAGAUCCAGCAGCUGAACAUGGCUGGCUGCUACUGGCUGUCAGGCUCCACCAUCGAGCACGUGGCCCGUUGCCGCAGCCUGGUAAAGGUGAACCUCUCGGGCUGCCACCUGACCUCCCUGCGCCUCUCCAAGAUGCUCUCGGCCCUGCAGCACCUGCGCUCGCUGGCCAUUGACGUGAGCCCUGGCUUCGAUGCCAGCCAGCUGAGUGGUGACUGCAAGGCCACGCUGAGCCGCGUGAGGGAGCUCAAGCAGACACUGUUCACGCCGUCCUAUGGUGUGGUGCCUUGCUGCACUAGCCUCGAGAAGCUGCUGCUCUACUUUGAGAUCCUGGACCGCACACGUGAGGGCGCCAUCCUCUCGGGCCAGCUCAUGGUGGGCCAGAGCAACGUGCCCCACUACCAAAACCUGCGGAUCUUCUAUGCCCGUCUGGCCCCAGGCUAUAUCAACCAGGAGGUGGUGCGGCUAUACCUGGCUGUGCUCAGUGACCGCACGCCUGAGAACCUCCAUGCCUUCCUCAUCUCUGUCCCGGGCAGCUUUGCUGAGAGCGGGGCCACCAAGAACCUACUAGAGUCCAUGGUCCGCAAUGUCACGUUGGAUGCCCUACAACUGCCCAAGUCCUGGCUGAAUGGCUCAGCCCUACUUCAGCACAUGAAGUUCAGCAAUCCGUUCUACUUCAGCUUCAGCCGGUGCACCCUGUCUGGCAGCCACCUGAUCCAGCGGGUCAUCAACGGUGGGAAGGACCUCCGAAGCCUGGCCAGCCUGAACCUCAGCGGCUGUGUCCACUGCCUGUCCCCUGAUUCCUUGCUCCACAAGGCAGAGGAUGAAAUUGACAGCAGCAUCCUGGAGACUCUUGUGGCGUCCUGCAGCAAUCUGCGGCACCUGAACCUCUCAGCUGCCCACCACCACAGCUCUGAGGGCCUGGGCAGGCACCUAUGCCAGCUCCUGGCCCGGCUGCGCCACCUGCGCUCCCUUUCCCUGCCUGUCUGUGCUGUCUCUGACUCGGCACCACGGGCUGACCGCGUGCCUGCCCAGCCAGUGAUGCACGCUGUGCCCCGUGGCUUCGGCAAGAAGGUGCGCAUAGGCGUGCAGUCUUGCCCGAGCCCCUUCUUGGGCCAGACAGCCCCCCAGCCUUCCUCUGUAUUCUGGUCUCUGCUAAAGAGCUUGCCUUUUCUGGAACACCUCGAGUUAAUUGGGUCCAAUUUCUCUUCUGCCAUGCCACGCAAUGAGCCUGCCAUCCGCAACUCCCUCCCACCCUGCAGCCGGGCACAGAACGUCGGAGACUCGGAGGUGGCUGCCAUUGGCCAGCUGGCCUUCCUGCGGCAUCUGACGCUGGCCCAGUUGCCCAGCAUUUUGACGGGCUCUGGGCUGGUCAGUAUUGGCCUACAGUGCCAGCAGCUUCAGUCCCUUUCGCUGGCCAAUCUGGGCAUGAUGGGGAAGGUGGUCUACAUGCCUGCCCUGUCGGACAUGCUGAAACACUGCAAGCGGCUGAAAGACCUCAGGCUGGAGCAGCCCUACUUCAGUGCCAACGCCCAGUUUUUCCAGGCGCUGAGCCAGUGCCCCUCACUGCAGCGCCUGUGCCUGGUCUCCCGCAGCGGCACCCUCCAGCCCGACGCCGUGCUGGCCUUCAUGGCUCGCUGCCUGCACGUCGUUGUGUGCCACAUGUUCACCGGAGAGUCCCUUGCCACCUGCAAGAAACUUCAGCAGUCGCUCCUCCGCAGCUUCCAGGCCGAGAGGCCUGCCUUGAAUGUCGUCAUCUUCCCUCUGCUCCACGAAGGCCUGACUGAUGUCAUCCGCGAUGUCCCCAUGGCGCACCUGGAUGAGAUCACCUUGUUUAAAAGCAGAGUGGCCGAAGAACCACCAAACCUUUGGUGGUGAAAGGUACAGGCCAGCGCGGGCCGAGCUGCUGCCCGUCGGUCUCAGUCACCACGAGGAUGCCCUGCUGCUCAUCGCCUGCUCAGGUCCCUAUGGGCCCCUUGGCUUGUCACCAGAGAAGACAGAAAGCCAUCUGUCCCACCAUCCUGGCUCCCAGACCUCCCAGUGUUUCCCUCACACUUUCUUGUGAGGACUAGUUGCUCCGUGAAGUUUGGAUGAGGGUUUGUGCUCUGGGUGACGUGAGGGAGAUCUGGUGGGCCAGUGCCAUGGGCAGGGGCAGCUGGGCCAGGUGGAGAAGCCCUGGAGGCCCUGCCUACCUCCCUGAGCGUCAGGUGGGCCGUGGGCCCAAUGCUGCCACCCCUUCCCUUCAACUCUGAAGAGGUCCCCUGGCUCCUGUUUGUGGCCACCUGCCCUCCAGGACGGGUGGCCAUGCCGUGAGCAUGGAUGAUGCGUGCUCGCCCUGCUGCGAAGGCCAGCCAGCGACUGUGGGUCCAGGUGCCGCUGUGUUGUCAGGACAGCUGUGAGUGUGACAGUGAGCAGGACCCCGGGGCUGGAGCUGCCGAGUGGGCCCCCCAGGGCUAUUGAUGCCAAGGAGCGGGGCCUGUCCCUCCAUCUCCACAUGGCUCAUGGCACUGGACCCCUGUGAGGGUCUGAAUGCGGUUCUGGGGAAACAUAAAUCCAAUCAGCUUUGUUCAUGUAAUUCGAAAUAUUAAAACCCAGAAAGGAUGUUUCAGACUGGAGUAGAGUUCAGAUUAUUGUGUUUCAGAUAGCUUUAUUUAGUACUUUAAAACAAUUCCAUGGAGCUAUUCCAAAAACGAGAACCCUCCUCUUGGUGUGUGAGGCCUCGCCCUCUGUGCUGAGCUGACUGCCUCUGCCUUUUUCGGCCCUUCUGGAGCUGUCACCCACUGACUGGUGGGCUUCCGGGGUGGGGUGGGGGGUUGUAGCUGGGUCCUGUCCCUAUGAAUUGCUCUGGCCCCCAGCAGGCCAAGAGGGUGGUUCCUAGCCUGAGGCACCUUGGUCUCUGCAGAGCUGGGGGAGCAGAGCCCACCAGGCCUUGUCCGCACUGCCGGUGCCCCUGUUGGCUGCUGGCUUCCUCCUGUGUUUCCCUGGUGAUGGGUCCUCCCAUCCUGUGUAGUGAUGUCUCUGUUUCCUGUGCUGUUAAAACUGGGUGGAUUGGUCUUCUGUCCUUCCCUGCGCUCUUGGGGGCAAAUAGUUCUCAGCAGCUCUGCCCCCCAGGCUGAGGGAUUCCGGGAUGCCAUCAGAGGCAAGGCUGCAGGGACCGAGUACUCCUGGGGGGGCAUGCUUUGACCAGCCCUCCCAUAAACAUGUGUUUGUGUGGCCGCCUCCUGGCCCUCCUGUCUGGCGGCCUGCUCCAUCCCAGCAACUACUUUUGUUUGCCCAGGUGGAUUCGCAGGGCGAGAUCUCCCUCUUUGCCGUUUUUCUUGCAUGAGUGGGGUCAUCACCUCCUCUUUGUAACUAAGGCACUCUCUCCCCACUCCAGGCUGCAGCCAAGGGAGGGCCCUCUGCUCCUGGCCAGAGGUGGCUGACCCAGGGGUGCCCUGGAGUGGGGGCCCACACCUGACCUGUGCCUUCACCUUUGAGGUCCUGACGUUGCUUCUGAGAGCCACAGGCCACGUCCUCUCUCUUCCUGGCCUUGCAGGCCACAGGGAUAGGCUUCUUGGGGCCCAGAGGGCAGGGUCGAGGGCCCACACAGCUAUGGGUGAGGGACAGAAAGGUGGUGAGAGGUGCCCUUACCUCUAGUGUCCGGGCAUUUCUUUUGAGCUUUAAAAUGGCACCUGGAGAUCACCGAGUGAGGUGACCAGAUUGGGUGGCGUGUGCUGUGUGGCGUGUGGCUGCCUGGGACUGACUGCUUCUUGUGCACGACUGGUUGCUAACAGGCAGAGGGGAUGUGGCCUAUGUGGCCUAGAGGACUCCUAGACCCUCAGGGGCCCUUGUGCCCUCUCCUUCCUCCAGAGCUCCCCCACUCAGGCCGGGGAAUUGUCUUUCCACUGGGAAUUGAUCCAAAAAGCUGUGUGUUUUUAUGAUCUUGCCUGGAUGGUCUGUUCUCAUGAGCAAGCAGUUUUAACCAGCAGCGUAAUUUAUGCUCAUAAACGGGCUGAGUGGGGAGGGGGCUGUUCACAAGAGGCUGGGGGCACAAACUGCCUUGGAAAGCAGCCCCCCAACCGUAGACCUUGUAUUUUUAGUGUCCCCUGCAACAAUCCUUUGACUUAGAGCAAGAAUUUCCGCUGCUUCUACACCCGAGACAGGAUUCACCAGAUGUUAAUAACGUGCUUAUUUUCUCUAAGUGCUAUUUUGGCACCGGUGUUAAUUGCAAUUUAUAUUCUGCAGCAUCUUACACUGGGAAAAGAACCCACCCUAAUAGUCCCCAAUUGGCAGAGCUGGGCUGUUAAGCCAUGGACCAUAUGCUGCCUGCCGAGAGGAGCACGGUCAGCGCUCGGGCCUGUGCCUGUGUGUCUGUAUGUGCCGUACGUCUGUGUGUGCAUGCCUGCCCGCACAUGUGUGUGUGCACCUGCACGCACGAGUCCCGGUAUGCAGGCACGUGCGUAUGUCUGUGCUGUGUGUGCGUGUGCAUACACAUGUGCCUGUGUGUGUGAGAGAGACUGGGAGAGGCGGGAAGCAGCAGAUCAGGGCUUUUUCCCCUUUUGUUCUUAAAAAGAAAAACCCCUGACCUCUCAUGCUGCACACUCCUGCCUAUGCCCCACUCCUUGUGGACUCCUGCAGCCCUCCAUCCUGUGUCCUGCUAUUGCCAGGCAACACCAGGUCCUGCUGGGCUUCUGAAAGUGACCCUGGAGAAGGCAUUUGAGUCUGAGGGAACCAGGAGAAAAGGUGCAUCUCUCGACCCCAAGGGCCCCCUUCCUGCUAUGGGGCAGAUUUUCUCAUUUCUCUGUGAAAGGGAGGCUGGGAGCAGCCCUUCACUCUCAUAGCACUCUGUCUUGCCUACCAGCUGCCUGCAGAGGCCCUGUGGAUUGCCCUGAGGCCCUCUGGUCAGAGCCCAUGCACCUGCGUGUACACAUGGUAGAAGGGCACUUGCAGCUUAGGCUAGGACUGAGGAUUCCCACAAUGCUGCACUCUCCCCUCAGACAGCUCAUAGCACCUCCCUUCCCUGCUCCUGCUCCCUGUGGGGGACCCAGAGUCACAGGCCACUUGGGCAAGAGGCCGAAGCAGGCACAGACAGGCCUGGACCUGUAGAGGCCUGCUGGGAAGGUGGGCUUAGACAGUGGGGCUGUGGAUGCCAAGGGCCCAGCCUCUGGCCAAUGAGUGUCCAUGACCAGCUUCCCGGCCGUGGAGUAUGCAGACUACACCCCCAUGGUGCUGGGGCUCGUGGUGAGGGAGUCACCCUCCUUCCCAUCCCCAUGCCAGGGGCACAGGGGCAUCUUCCCACUGCUUUUUUGCCCUUGUUAUUUGCUCCUUUUAGGAUUUGAAAAUCAUAGAGCUCUUAUGAGAAGGAAUGGUACAGAAGUUGGCGGAUGGCUUGAGAGUGAGGUACAACUGUUGGCAGGGGUUCCAGCCGUGGAGCCUGUGGCAGGGGACCCUGACUUCUGUGGGCUUACAGGUUGCCACCUAUUGUCCUCAGUGACCUCGACUGUGAUGCCAAGGGCGGGGCUCUUUGAUGAUUAUUGGUCUCCACUUUUGGGAGUGCAGAAUUCUAGUGAGAAGUCUCUGCUCUACUGGGUAUGGUGAAUAAAAAACACACCACAGAAACGUAGAGAAAAACAACUGUGGGUCUGACAUAAGCUGACCAAUGUUAUCUAAAUUACUUUGCUCUUUAAAGAAACACCUAAGGGUGGGAUUUUAUGUUACUAUCAUGGUGGGGGAAGGGGGGACCUUGCUGCAUCCCAUUCUGAGCUGGCUGGAUCCAGGAAUGAAGGUGACCAGGGCAGCUGUCCAGCUGUGUCGGUUACAGAACUGAGCCAGGACUGGGGAGGUCUGUGCGAAGCCGCGCUGCUUCCAACACUGAUGUGGAGUCUGCACCAAACCCACCAGGGUGGGAGGCGGGCCUUGCUGGGGAAGAGUCCGUGUGGUAUGGGCUGGUGAGUGUGCGAGGGACAUGUGUGCAAAGGGUGUUCAUGGGUAGGUGGGAGUGUGCAUGUGCGUGCACGUGCGUGCUCCUCUCCCGCAGCCCUCAGUGGCCUCUCUGUCCAGCCCUGCACCGCCAGCCCUCUGACCACUGCCCAUCUGUGCGACUUCACCCAGGACCAGCUGAGUUCAGUGUUUUAUCAGGGGAUGGGUGGGGAAGACCUUCCCCUGGCCCCGGGGGAGUCGCCGUAUCUUGUGACCAGGUGCUAAUUGACUGUACACUCCUCACCUGCCUUUCUAUGACUGACGUCCCUGUCUGGCUGAACUGCCCACGUCUGUGGCAUCCCGUGGUGAUGCCUGCUCUUGAAUUUGGUGUUUACCCUAGCAAGCUACAUUCUGGAUGGGUAUUUUCAUGUAAACUUGUGGCAUGUGGAAAAUUUGAAAUAAAGUGGACUUGAUUUAGAAAGCU